GUAGCGUCUAGCGAGAAUGAAGACCAUUCUCAGCAGUCAGACAGUGGACAUCCUUAGUAAUGUCACACUGUCUCUAAAUGGACGUACCAUUAAUGUCAAGGGUCCAAGGGGAGAGUUGAAAAGACAGUUCAAUCAUAUAAACCUGGAGUUAUGUCUCAUUGGAAAGAAACAGAGAAAGCUCCGUGUUGACAAAUGGUGGGGUAACCGAAAAGACCUGGCUACAAUCUGAACAAUAUGCAGUCAUGCUCAAAAUAUGAUAAAAGGUGUAACACUGGGGUUUCGUUAUAAAAUGAGAUCCGUAUAUGUCCACUUUCCCAUUAAUGUCAUAAUUCAGGAAACCAGUGCCCUUGUAGAAAUCCGUAACUUUUUGGGAGAGAAAUACAUUCAAAAAGUACGUAUGAGACCAGGUGUUACCUGCCAGCUUUCCUCCAACCAGAAGGAUGAACUUAUUCUGGAAGGGAAUGACAUUGAACUGGUUUCUAACUCCGUUACUUUGAUCCAGCAGGCAACCACAGUGAAGCAUAAGGAUAUUAGAAUGUUUUUGGAUGGUAUUUAUGUAUCUGAGAAGGGAACAGUGGUGUAACA